AUGGGGUCUACUUCUUCUUUGUGGUAUCACUACAAAUCGUGGCAUAAUACUAAUAAUGGAAUCGAUGCAGUACAAUUAACUGAGGAGAGCGAAACAGAACAGAUAUCGACAUCUUCAGAUAUGUCAUCUUCGACAUCAAUACCAACAGUAGUAUCACAACCACCCCAAAAACGUUUAAAGAGAUCUCAUGUUUCAACUGCAAUUAAAUUUAGACCUGUAGAUAAAAGUCGUGCCGAACUGAUUACUCAGAGUAUUUGUCAAAUGAUUACAAUGGAUAUGCUACCAUUUAGUACGGUAGAAAACAAAGGAUUUCGAAAAUUGAUGUCAGUUAUUGAACCAGACUAUAAAGUACCAUGUAGAAAUACAAUCAUCGUUCGUAUUGAAAAAAUGUAUGAUGAUAAAAUGAUGGAACUAAAGCGUAAUCUAGAAAAUAUAAAAGGUGUAGCAUUAACUACCGAUGGCUGGACGUCUUUGGCUGUAGAUUCUUAUAUAACAUUCACAUGUCACUACUUUAAUGAAAAUUGGGAACUAUGUACUCAAGUAUUAGGGUUUGAAGAAAUGCGAGAAAGCCAUACGGCAGAUAAUAUACAAGACAGUUUAAUUAAUAUUAUUGAAACAUGGAAUUUAACCGGUAAAGUCAUAGGGAUAAGUCACGAUAAUGCUGCAAAUGUAACUAAUGCUGUACGAAACUUACAAGAACGUGAUAUUUAUUCAAGUCCGUGUGCCGCCCAUACAUUGCAAUUAUCUAUUAAUAAAGGUUUUGAGAAUAGAAUGUGUAGCCAUUUAUUAAAAUUAGCCUCGGACAUAGUUGCUGCUUUUAGGCACUCUCCAAAACGAACAAAUGCUUUAGAAAACAAAAUCAGCGAAUUAGGACAAAAAAAAUUGUGCUUAAUACAGAGAUGUCCGACUAGAUGGAAUUCUAGUAUGGAUAUGUUAAUGCGUUUACUAGAACUUCGGCCAGCUAUUGUAUCGAUAAUGUUAGAUCGUACAUUAUUCAACACAAAAACAGCAAAAAAAUUAAAAAUGCUCGAAGAAGACUGGGAGUACUGCCAAAUAUUGGUGAAACUUUUAAAACCACUGCAAUUAGCUACGACAGUUUUAUGUUAUGAACGACAAGUUACAAUAUCAAUGAUACGGCCAAUUGUUAAAAGCCUUAUAGAAAAGCAUUUAAAACUCGAAGAUACAGACUCAACACUAGCAAUGGUGUUUAAAGAAACAGUGUGUAAUGAACUACGUCGGAGGUUUAAUAUUGAUUUUGAAGAAGAAAAUGGAAUUGCAGCAGACAUUUAUUCAGAAUAUAGGGAAGUAAACAUAGCACAAAUUGCAAGUUUACUAGAUCCUAGGUACAAGAAUUUACAAUUUGAAUCAUCAGAUCGUAUACGAGAAAUUAUUAAACAAAAAAUUCGUUCAAAGAUACAGUCAAUUAGAUAUAUAUCUGAAAAUGAAAACACCUCAAAUACUAAACAAAGUACAGUAUUAGAUGAUUUAUUGGGGAUAGUUCCACUAAAUUCUGAGGAUGAAUUUUCGAGGUACUUGGCUGAACCACAAAUUAAUCAUAAUGAUGAUCCGUGUUUGUGGUGGAAAUCGCGUGAACUUACGUUUCCUUUUUUAUCUGUUCUCGCGAAAAAUAUUCUUUGUAUACCGGCUUCUUCGGCAUCUUCAGAACGUGUUUUUUCUACUGCUGGAUCAAUUCUAUCCCCAAAGAGAAAUAGAAUGACUCCCUUUCAUUUAUCAGCCCUGGUAUUUUUAAAUAAAAAUAUUUGA